AUGCCUCAAAUCUCAGCGCCAGAUACGGCUGCUUUCGAUCGGGUAGCCUACCUGGUGGGCUUUCCUAUUGCACACUCGAAGUCGCCGUUGCUCCAUCGUGCGAUCUAUACAGCCACAGGGAGAAAUUGGGCUCAGCUGCUCUGCGAGACAAAUGACCUUCAUGGGUUCAUGAGCCAUCUCAGAGGUGACGCAAAAUGCAUCGGCAGUGGCGUUACAAUGCCUUUCAAGGUUGCAGUCAUUCCUCAACUCGACGAGCUUACGGAGGAGGGAAAGGCUAUUGGUGCUGUUAACACGAUCUUUUUCAAGACUGGACCAGACGGGUCGAGAUCAUAUUGCGGCACAAACACCGACUGCAUAGGGAUCCGGGACGCUUUCCUCACGAAUGUCAGGGGUUCCCCAUAUCGAGGAAAACCAGGUCUCGUGGUCGGAGGAGGAGGUACCUGCAGGGCAGCGAUUUAUGCUUUGCAAAGAUUGAUGGGUUGCGUGCCCGUGUAUAUCAUCAACCGAGACGGCAGUGAAGUCGAGGCUGUGUUACAGGAAUUUCGGGAAAGAGGAAGAGGAGAUGACUUGAUCCAUGUAACGACAACCGAGCAAGCCCGGCAGCUGCCGGCCCCAGGGGCUGUGGUCAGUGCGGUUCCAGACUUUCCACCCGUCACCGAAAACGAAAGAGCUGUACGGGAAAUUCUUGAAACAUUUUUGAGCACGACGGAGAAAGGUGCCUUGCUGGAAAUGUGCUACCAUCCGUCACCAGACACCGAAAUUUCCAGGCUUGCUUUGAAUGCAGGGUGGCAGCUCAUUGGCGGCGUAGAAGCGAUGAUCGGGCAAGGGCUGGCCCAAGCAAGUCUGUGGACUGGUGUGGAGGCUGACAACACCCUGAGAAGCGUAGUCAGGGAUGCGGUGCAGGGUCACAUGAAGCCUCCGACUUGA